GCACUUUCUCUAUGUAUGACAGACCACAUUCUCUGUAAUUUCCAAAGAAAGGCACAUGACUACUUUACGGGUGGGGCAGAGGAGACGUAAAAAACACAGACAGCUGUAUUCUCUUAUGUUUAAACCUGACGCACCAAGACAGCAGCCGUUCCUUAACUAAACUGACAGAGGUUGAGAUGGCGUAUUCCACCAGCACUCUUGCUGCUGGCAGCUUUGGGAAGGUAUACAGGGAGAAGUACAAUGACACCUGGGCUGCAAUCAAGAAGGUGCCACAACACUUAAUCAAUAGGAGAGACCUGGAGAGAGAGUGUCAAGUAUACAAUAAAGCGAUUCAUCCUAACAUAGUGAAGCUUCUGGGUAAUCCAACACUCAAGGACUCUAAGUGGAUCAUCCCCAUGGAGUUCAUCUUUGGAGAGGAACUGGAGACAACCAUCUUCAAAUCACAAAAAUCUAAAAUACAUUUGACUCCAUCGAUAAAGGCCACCAUCAUCACAGGCAUGUGUGAAGGUCUGCUUCACCUACACAGCAAAGAUAUCGUCCAUCAGGACCUCAAGCCCGAGAACAUCAUGGUAGAGCAUGACACACACAGAGCUGUGAUCAUUGAUAUGGGACUGGCCAAAUUCUUCCGCAAUGGCCUAAAUUCUGCCAUGGAUAUGGGCAAUGAGGCCUACUCUCCACCUGAGGUUCUGCAGAGGAGGGGCCAGAGAGAUCAGCGCUCGGACGUGUGGGCUAUGGGUAAAAUCAUUACCGAACUUUAUGCCAGAGUCAGGCUGUACACCCCCAGCGUCUGUCCAACUAAGAUCCAGGAGACCCUCAGUCUCCAAGGCCAGCAGUACUGUAACGCUGUCUGUAGGAUGGUGCAGAGAGACCCCACAGUGCGGGCCACCAUGGCCGGAAUCAUGCCAGAGAUACAAAGGGCAGGGGUAGAUUGCGGUGGCAGCAACACCGAAGGAAAAAAAAGAGGACAUCUUCUGACACCCUUUCCUCACACUCAGGUAAAAGACACCUUGCCACGUCCUCAAGCUCCUGUACAGCGUUCACCAUCUCCAUCGAGAUUUGAGCGCAAUGCUUUACCAAGGCCUGAGGCCAAGAUGCUAGUGGGGCCUCCUGUGAGAGCAACUUCUCCAUCGAGAUGGGAACGUACAGCUUCUCCAAAGCCUGAGAUCAAGACGCUAGUGCGAGCUCCUGUGCGAGCGCCUUCUCCAUCGAGAUGGGAGCGUACAGCUUCUCCAAAACCUGAGGUCAAGACGCUAGUGCGAGCUCCUGUGCGAGCGCCUUCUCCAUCGAGAUGGGAGCGUGCAGCCUUGCCAAAGACUGAGUUGAAGUUUGAGGUGAAGACAACACUGCAACCACAACCCACACAGCGAUCACUUUCCCCAUCAAGAUGGGAGCGAACAGCCUUGCCAAAGCCUGAGGUCAAGAACUCACCAACUCCCCUUCCAAAAGGUAGACCAUGGUAAUACUCUGGAUCCAUCAGGAAUAGCUCAACCCAGUCAAAAUGUCAUGAAACAGCUUCUCUACAAAGAGGCGUCGAGGGGUCUCCCAUGCCCACUCCCCACAACGGGCAGGGUGUGAAUCCGCCGCUAUGCGCAAAUGAAUGGGAAAGUGGAGACUUGGGAGCAAAAGGAGGUAGAGACUGAAGGAGGUAGGAUAGUCAAGUUUGAAGAUGUGAAGUUUAACAAGAAGUCGUAAGUAGGUUAUUGACAGUUUGUGAAAUAGUAGGGAGUUGAUUUGACUCUGCUUCUCCAGAGCAACAACAAUAAAAGUUGUAUUGCACUAUUAAGAAGAAAAACCUAAGGUCGAGUAAGGAUUCAUGAAUGAUGUUGAAGGACUAUAUCACUUUACAGUAUUGCUAUAAUGUUGCACAUCUGGUUAGGUGCCAGUUUGCAGAGGCAACUGGAGUCAAAUAACUAUCUGUGAAUGUUUCUGAAAUCUCAUCCCUCUUGCAAAUCAGUUUUAUCUUUAGCUUGAUAUCAUUCAUUUGACUGUGAACAUAGAAGAUACAAAAAUGUUUUUUACUAAAGACAAGAUCUUACAUUUAGCUUACAAUUAAGAAUUAAAGUCAUUUUUCACAAAUAUAUGCUGUGUUAUAUCCUCUUUACAAUAUGGUGGAAAAAUUGCAAGAUUGUUAUAAUACUUUUAUUGCAUCAAAUGGUUGUUUUAUGCAACAGAAUAGAGUAUUGUUAACUAUUGUGUGUGUGUUCUACUGAGGAUGGGCCUCUGGGAGAUAACACUGACAGGAGAUUUACGAUGUAUUUUGGGUGAUAAACCUAAAGAGCAUGAGUUAAUGUUUCUGUUCUAUACCUUACCAGGGAGAGAUGGUUCCAGUUUGGAGUCGGAGGGCCAGACUCUCUAUACAAUGAACUGUUGACACAGCAGAUACUGUCUGCUAUGUAUUAUAGGUAUCUUUCAUACAAAUCUUAACCUUGUGACCCAUUCUAUAUAUCUGUUGUUCGUUAUGUAGGUUGAAAGGGGUGUAUCUUGGCUAUAAAUUACCUUUGUACUUUAGUCUCUGGGCUCUCGACAAAUCAUCUGAGCGUGAAUCGUCGACCAGCCAUCAUUAUCGUAGAGCACUCAAUCAAUUCACUUUACAUGUGUGCGUUGUAUUGACCUGCUCCC